AUGGCAGGAAAUUUCGAACCCGAAUUAGGUCCCCGGGCCUUGACAGUCGGUAGUUUUCGCCAUUUCCCCGAGCUGCGAGCCUCCACAGACGACUGGACGGGUAUCAGCGGCACCGCGGAGCGCAAGAAGCUGCAGAAUCGCUUGAAUCAGAGGGCCUGGCGGCGAAGACAGAAGUCUCAACGGACAGCUGGGGGCUUGGGUCAUAAGCCGGCUCUCAGCGACACAUCCAGCACGCUUACCAAGAGGGAAGACUUCUUCUCAGUAAUCCCUCCGGCCAUGAAAACGCUAUUGGGCGGGCCGCACAUGAUCGACAAUGAUCGGAAGCGACAAGUUGCGAUCAGUCUGAUGAGACGAGCCUAUGAAGAAUAUUCUCUGAAAGACCCUCGCCCAGCCAGUCUACCAUUUCUCGUCCGUCUCAAUCUUCUGAACGCGUUGGCAAACAAUGCAUAUAAAAUCGGCUUGUCACCAUGCUCUUUAUGUAACGACGAUAUGAUAUCGCCCUUCAACUUCGCUGGCCCUAUCCAGACGUGGCAAGCAGUACCCAAAACCGAGUGCCCGGAUACAUUAGCGCCAACCGAAUUACAAAUAAGAGUUAUUCAUCAUCCAUGGAUCGACCUAAUACCCUUUCCAGCACUGCGUAACAACCUCCUUAAGGAAGUGGAGGCUGGCACCGUGGACGACGAUGAUCUCUGCUGUGAUCUGAUGGAUAUCAGUGACUCGGAUCCAAAUUUGAUCAAUAGGCCGGCAAUGAUUGUUUGGGGACAGGCAUCAGAUGAUAGAGUUUGGGAAGUAAAUUCGGCGUUUCAGCGAAAAUGGGGGUUCCUUGUUAAAGACUGUCCCGGAAUUAUCACGUCGACUAAUUCCUGGAGGGCCAAAAGAGGAGAAGGGCCAUUGAUUUUUGAGAUUUAA